AACUCCUCCACAGCCCAUCCCACACUCUUUCAUUUCCAUUAUCCUCUAAAAACAUCUCACCAUGGCCACCCUUUCUUGCCAAUCUUCCGAUUUAGUAACCCUUCUCGGGUCUUCCACCACCGCGAACAACACAGCCAUAGCGGAGUUUCUAUGCUCCAGAUUCACCACCAUAGCCACCACUUUCAGCACCACCACCUACGCGGUCGACAACACCUACCUCCUCUUCUCCGCCUACCUUGUCUUCGCCAUGCAGCUCGGCUUCGCCAUGCUCUGCGCUGGCUCCGUCCGUGCCAAAAACACUAUGAACAUCAUGCUCACUAAUGUCCUCGACGCAGCUGCCGGUGGUCUCUCCUACUACCUCUUUGGGUUCGCCUUUGCCUUCGGUGCCCCCUCCAACUCCUUCAUCGGUCGCCACUUUUUUGGGCUCUCCGAUUUCCCCAACCCCACUACUGAUUAUAGCUUCUUUCUCUAUCAAUGGGCCUUUGCUAUUGCUGCUGCAGGCAUCACUAGUGGUUCCAUUGCUGAGCGAACUCAGUUCGUGGCUUAUCUCAUCUACUCCAGCAUUCUUACUGGUUUCGUCUAUCCCAUUGUGUCUCAUUGGUUCUGGUCUUCCGACGGGUGGGCCAGCCCAACUCGCCCUAGUAAUCUUCUAUUCAAUUCAGGAGCAAUCGACUUUGCCGGAUCAGGUGUUGUCCACAUGGUUGGUGGUAUAGCAGGCCUCUGGGGAGCUCUAAUUGAAGGCCCUCGUAUUGGCCGGUUCGAUCGGUCUGGCCGAUCUGUAGCCCUUCGUGGCCAUAGUGCCUCUUUAGUUGUUCUUGGCUCAUUUCUCCUCUGGUUCGGCUGGUACGGGUUCAACCCAGGUUCAUUUCUAACAAUCUCCAGGUCAUACAAUGACGGUCGCCCUUACUACGGUCAAUGGAGCGCCAUAGGUCGAACUGGAGUCACCACAACACUAGCUGGAUGCACAGCUGCAUUAACCACGCUCUUUACAAAACGCUUAUUAGUUGGCCAUUGGAAUGUAAUUGAUGUCUGUAAUGGUUUAUUAGGAGGAUUCGCGGCCAUCACGUCUGGUUGUGCCGUUGUCGAGCCAUGGGCUGCGGUGAUAUGUGGAUUCGUAGCAUCCUGGGUUUUAAUUAGCUUCAACAAGUUAGCUGAAAAGGUCAACUACGAUGAUCCAUUAGAGGCAGCGCAACUGCACGGCGGGUGUGGCGCGUGGGGUCUUCUAUUUACUGGAUUAUUUGCUAGAAAGGAGUAUGUAGCAGAGGUUUACCAGGCUGGGCGUCCAUAUGGAUUGUUGAUGGGCGGUGGAGGACGACUUCUGGCUGCGCAGUUGAUCGAGAUACUGGCCAUAAUUGGGUGGGUUUCUGUAACGAUGGGGCCAUUAUUUUAUGCGUUGAAGAAUAUGAAAUUGUUAAGGAUAUCAAGGGAAGAUGAGAUGGCUGGGAUGGAUUUAACAAGACAUGGAGGAUUCGCUUAUGUCUAUAACGAUGAGGAUGAUCUCUCUGGGAAGCCAUCUGGAUUUAUGAUGAGGAAAAUUGAGCCUGCUAAUGAGACUCCUCCCCAAGAACAUUUUCCUUCAGGGAUGGCAGCUGUUUGAUUCAUGUUUUGAUGCUAAUGAGUUCGUUUUCACGUAGUUAAAGAGAUGUUUAGUAAUGGAAUGAGAUUGUAUGCAAUGUAAAUCAAAAUCCAUGCAUGGUUGGAUUGAGUCUUUAAGAUUUCAUCUGUAAAAUAUAAAACUUAUUCUGUUUUGAUAGUUUUCAAUUCAAUCAUCUUUUUUUUUUUUUUUUG